AUAAAAAAGAGAACCUUUCCUACGUUACUACUACACAACUGGUGCAUAUUCUUUUUAGAAUAAAAUCUAUUAUUAUUGCAUUCAAUUAUACAUACACGUGAUUGUCUAAAAACCAAUCUAUUCACAAGCAGACAAUGGAAUGACAUGUGCUGUGAGGUACAGUACAGAUAUUUGUCCUUUAUUUUCAAUGAUGUGAGGAACUAUUGUUAAAUUAAUCAAAUCUGAGUGACUUUCUAUGUUGUAUGAUUGUUUUGCGGGGCCCUAAAUUAGGUGGAGGUAAUAAAAUCCUCAUUGUGUCCACACAGGCACGGUACUGCAUUUCAACUUGCUGAAGAAAAUGCAUUUUAAAAAGAAUCUAUUUGAGGUAUUUCAAUAAUAUUUGUAUUAUUUUAAGACCAGUGUCAUAUACAGUUUUGUGUAUGGGUGGAGUACAAUCUCUUUAGGUGGUCAGUCAAGAGGCAUGUUCACCUGGAAGAAACUUUUUUUAGAUUUUAAAGAUAAAUUCAUCUCUCUGGUGCACAUUUACAGUUGUAUAUUAAGAGCUAUAACCUAUGUUCUGUGUGCAAAAUCUGCAAAUUGAAUGUAGAUGUCGUCUGUGCAUUGACUUGUCCCUGAACCUCUCACAGCAGGAAUGCAUCUUUGACUUCUGAGAUGGGCAAAUUGAGAGAUGGUUUAUCAAAUCAUUAGAAGCGAUUAUUGGCUGAUAGCGAUCGGUAGCUGAUCUACUGUGGGAAAGAUCUGCUCCUCCCACAACAGUUUAUGAAGGAAAGUCGAAAACAUGACUGAUCCAGAACCCUGGAGAAUAAAACAGGAAGACACUGAAGAACAAAUAGGCUGGUACCUGAUAGAAGAGAACAAGGAGAUUAAAGAACUGACUGAAGUAGAAGAGAAACAUCAUGUAAAAACUGAAGAAACAUCCUCAAGUCUCUCAUUGAAAAGAAGAGAUGAAAUAUAUUUCACUUGCCCUCAGUGUGGAAAGAGUUUCUCAUGCAAGAAAAAUCUUGAUGUUCACAUAAAAUGUCAUCUUGAAGGGUUUUCAGAUGACCUGAAGGACCACCUGAAAGUUUAUACAAGGGAGAAGAAGCCUUAUGUAUGUAAUUUAUGUGGAAAUAGUUUUAUUCAGAGGGCUACAUUAAAAAGACACCAGAAAAGACACAGUGGUGUGAAGGAUCAUGCUUGCUCUGAGUGUGGGAAGACUUUUUUUACAUAUGCUGCUAUGAAAGUGCACCUGAUAGUUCACACUACAGAAACACCUUACAAGUGUUCUUACUGUGAGAAGAGAUUCAAACGGUCAAUAUAUGUGAAAAGGCAUGAGAGAAUCCACACUGGAGAGAAGCCGUACACAUGUGAUCAGUGUGGGAAGAGUUUUGGACGAAAAGUACAUCUUAACAAACACUUGACAAUCCACACUGGAGAGAAGCCGUACAAAUGUGAUCAGUGUGGCAGGGGUUUUACACAAAAAGAUUUCCUAAAUGUUCACAUGACAAUCCACACUGGAGAGAAGCCGUACACAUGUGAUCAGUGUGGGAAGAGUUUCAGAAUAUCAAGUGUUUUUAGAAGUCAUCUGCUUAUUCAUUCAAAUGAAAGACUUUAUAACUGUGACCAGUGUGGUAAACAUUUCUUUAGGGCAAGUGCCCUAAAUAGGCAUCUGAAAGUUCAUACAAAGGAGAAGCCUCAUCUGUGUUCUUUGUGUGGAAAGAGUUUUAGUGAACGGGACGCUUUAAAAAUACACCAGAAAAGACACAGCGGUGUGAAGGAUCAUAUUUGCUCUGAGUGUGGGAAGGCUUUUUUUACAGAUGCUGAAGUGAAAAAGCAUAAGGUAAUUCACACUACAGAAACACCUUUUAAUUGUUCACACUGUGACAAGAGAUUUAAACGGUCCGUAUAUCUUAAAGUACAUGAGAGGAUCCACACUGGAGAGAAGCCGUAUCACUGCCAUUCAUGUGGGAAGAGUUUCACUCAAUUAUAUUCUCUUACCUAUCAUAAAAAAAAGAUGCAUGUCUGAAAUUACAGUAAGUAGUUUAAAUCUUGAUCUGUACUUACAGAUGUGAUGCUGUGGAGAGCCACAUCAAGUGAUUAUUUUGGUAAUCAAUCAGAGAUAAAAUUAUUAACCGAUUGCUGAUUAUUUCAGACUUAUCAGAAGCUUUUAAUGAUUAUUAAGCUUUUGUAGUUCAAAUGUUAUAUCUAUUCUAACUAAUAAAUAAAACAAGGAAAUCACUUGAAAA